AUGGUAGUUGCAGCCAGAAGACUGAAUGAAAUCACCUGGGGAGAGUGGGAAGAGCAGAGCAGAGGGCUGAGUGGACCCAAGGAAGACCACAAGGCAGCAUUUAGAGCCUUAAAGCUAACACUACAGCUGAUCGCUCCUCUCCAUGACAUCGUGGCCUACCUUUUCAGUUUCGCUAAACUUGGGAAUUUCCCAGCAUGCUUUGAAUUUCCUCUAAGUCCUAACCCUUUGAGAGGUGACUGGGGAGGAACUGAGGGCAUUGUGUCUGAGCUUCAAGGGCUGCAGAAGAUGAUUGACAGCCUUGAGAGUCCCCAAGACCCCACCCAGGUGUCCCAGGCACUCCUGCUCCGAAGGGAGGUCAUGUUUCUGCAAUUUGAUGCGGCAGUGAGGCACCUCACCCGAACGUUUCUGACAGCUGGGAAUGCUCCUGCCGGCCAGUCUGUCACAGAUGGCUCGUGCCACGGGCUGCCACCGCUGAGCAACGCACUGGUGAGGAGCAUUUUUGCUUCACAGCUCAGCCUGCCCCCGCCGCUGGAUCCACAGAGCCCCCAGGUUGCCAAGAGCCAUCUACGUACUGUGGAAAUGAACAAUAAACUGGACGAGUUCUCAUUGAAGAAGGAAGAAGAGGCAUCUGUGCUGUUUCCUUGGAGAGCAUUUCUAGAAGAUGGAGGACCAUUUCCAGUUAUUAGUAGCAGCCCAGAUACCCUGGAAUAUAAUAUGCAGCUGUGCCUCUGUAGGCUGGGUGACCAUGACCUCAAGGUGGCUCAUGGAGAGCUGGUGGACAUGCAACUGCUAAUGGAAGAUGUGCUUCUGAGUAGUAAUCAUAUGAUCGCGGAGGGCCCCCCAGGACGGCAGGGCACACUAGACAAAAAUACGCAGGACUGGAGUUGGAAGGACCCGGGUAAAUUCGGAAGUCAGUUCCAGAGCAGCCCAAAGGCCCCCUGGCAUCUGGGAGGCCCGUGUGAGGCAGUGGUGUCCCUUGCUUUGCUGAGAUCGUUUCUGGUGCUGUGGAAGCAGCUGGAGGUGCUGAAGGAGCAGUGGGGCCGGCUCAGGCUGCGAGGCCAGGACAUCACUUCUCUCUCUCUGCACAAACAGUUCUCGGAGCUCUACGAAACUGACAUUCUGUACCCCAGCAUGAAAGCUAUAGCUAGGAGGAUGGGGCAAGAAGAUGCAUUUGAAGAACUUAUAAUAAGUAGUCAGUCUAUUCUUCCCCCCGAAGGAGCCUCGGAAAUUGAAAUAAAGACUCAGCAGCUUCAGACACUGCUGGAAAAUCUUGAAAUUCAUAUGAUCCAGGAGGUAUUAAGACAAGUUAACAGAGAGAUAGCACUGGUUGUGUCAGAAAAGUCCAAGGAGCAGCCUACUCUCCCCACAGACCUUUGGAAAUGCCAAGUCAUGAAAGAAAACUUUUCAGUUAUCAGACCACAAAUAGUUGAAAAAUUUAUGCAGAGAUUAAUGGAGAAUUACCAGGAUGGUGGACUAGAGAUCACGUUCAGGAAAGACCACCUGGAGGCCUGCCUCCUUUCCCUGGGGUGUGAUGUGAUGGCGCGGGAACGCAGCAACUUCGAGAGCUACUCCAUGUGUUAUGAGCAUGUGCUGGAGCACACGAGGCUGAAGCUCUGUCAGACGGAGCAGGAAUUACAUGUUUUACGAAGAGGUCAGAGUCCACCUGAGGAUAAUGCCAGCCAGGUUGCGGAGCUCAGUCAUGAUAUGAUCAUGGAAAUCACGGCUCUGAGAGCCCGCCUCACGGAUUUGGAAGAGGAGAAUCUGAAUCUCGAAAAGCAAAUCAGAAAAGAAGUGCAAGAAGAAUACGCAGAUUUAGUCAAAACCUUGUUCAUGGGUUGUUUACACAUGAAAGAGAAGUUGCAUGAGAAUCAGCUUAAUUUGAUCCAGAAAGUGUGUGAGCUCAUCAGCGAAGUGAGAACAGAAUGGAUGGAUCACAUGAAGGACCUAAAGAAAAAAUGGGGCUCUGCCAGACCUGAUGAAGGAAUGAGAGAAAGCGCAGCCAAAGAGCAGCUGCGGGACUUGGAGCAGGAGAACUGCAGCCUGGCCGCCCUGGUGUGCAAAGUGAGGAGCCUGGGCCGCUGGAGGCUGGCUGUGCAGCAGGCUUCAGCUGCUCCAACCAUCUUAAAGGAUCUGACAGAGGCUGCACAAAGUAAAAAGGAGUGUGUGAGCACCAAGCUAAUGGCAGAACAAGAAGUGGUUUUAUUUCGCCAACAGCUACUGGCCCUGAGGCAGGCCCUGGCCCGGGCUCAGGCCCACAACGUGAGGAUGUGCGAGCAGCAGGAGAGCCAGGCCCGACUGCUGAAAGAGUUGGAACACAAAACGACCCAGGAAUCUCUCCACCGGCAGCAGCUGGAUUUACUGAAAACCUCCAGCAUGGAGAGGCUCUUGGAAGAUGUGGAGCAAAAAGAACAGCACCUGCAGCUCCUGGCUGGAGAGGCUGAGCGGGCUGCGAGACUGGGCCAGCUGCAGAGGAGGAAAACGGAGAGAGAACUCCGACAGAUGAGAAGGCAGCUUGCCCAGGAGCGCAGCGUGAAGCUGGACGCUUUCCAGCGCGUAGAAGAGCUACAAAGUCAGCUUAAUGCCGCUGUGAGGUCGUCUGUCCCGAUGAGCUCACCAGGAGGCCUUAUAUCCCGGGCUCCGGGCUCCCUCAGUUCUGCUUCUGCAUCAUCCAGAUACCCGCAGCAACACCUUUUAAAGACUAAUCUUAUGGGCAAUAAAAUAACAGGAAGGAUUCAGAGGCCGAAGACUGUACCUACUAAACACAAAAGAAGGACUGAUGAUGUCUUCCUACCCAAUGUGGCAGAAAAUGUUCAACUUUCAGCUUUUCAAGUUCAAACAGCUCCAUCCAGAAUCCCAUUUAGACCCAAUUGGUAAUCAUAAAUCCUUUUCCAACUUUUAUUUCUAUAAGCACUUAAAUAAAUGUGAUUCUAAACUCCA